CUAGUACGGAGGCUAUGCUCUCGUCGCUGCUCUCUGACCCCAGUGGCAGUCCUUUCUUCCUCUGCUGCGGUCUAGACUCACUCCCCCUCUCCGCCAGUCAGAGCCAGGCUCGCGCCGCCUGUCUGCGCCGUUCCUCCCGCGUCUCGCCGCCAGCUUCGCCGGAGGGUCUCCCAGGGUCGAGGGUCCUGCCCCUGCCCGGCUCCGAGUGCCACCUCUUCGGCUACAGACAUCUGCAUUCCACGGCGUGUAUGGAGCAACAUCUUUAGAGACAGUAUAUCAUCCUCCAUCUCGGCACUUUCAAGGGUUCUUUUCCGUGUUUAAGGAUGCCGACUGCGUGGGUCGCUCCAGGGUCCUGGUGAAGUGUCUCAUGUGUCACGUGGAAAAAGAAUGGCCCACGGAAUGCCGUCACAAGGCAAAGUGACCAUCUCGGUGGACGAGUACAGCUCCAACCCCACGCAGGCCUUCACCCACUACAACAUUAACCAGAGCCGCUUUCAACCGCCACACGUGCAUAUGGUGGACCCCACCUCGUACGACAGUCCCAAGCCGAGUGGCCACACGCGUUUUGUGUGUGUGUCGGACACACACUCUCGGACAGAUGGCAUCCAGAUGCCUUUCGGGGAUGUUCUGCUGCACACGGGGGACUUCACCGAGCUGGGCCUGCCCUCGGAGGUCAAGAAGUUUAACGACUGGUUAGGCAGCCUGCCAUACGAGUUUAAAGUGGUGAUCGCGGGGAAUCAUGAGCUGACCUUCGAUAAGGAUUUCAUGUCGGAGCUGGUCAAGCAGGAUUACUAUCGCUUUCCCUCCGUGUCCAAGUUGAAACCCGAGGACUUUGACAAUGUUCAGUCUCUCCUGACAAACUGUGUUUACCUGCAGGACUCUGACGUCACCGUCAAAGGCUUUCGAAUAUAUGGCGCGCCAUGGACGCCGUGGUUUAAUGGCUGGGGUUUUAACCUGCCCAGGGGACAGUCCCUGCUCGAUAAGUGGAACCUCAUACCAGAGGGCAUUGAUAUUCUCAUGACCCAUGGGCCACCCCUCGGUUUUAGGGACUGGGUACCGAAGGAGCUGCAAAGAGUUGGGUGUGUUGAGCUGUUAAACACAGUCCAGAGGAGAGUCCGGCCCAAGCUCCAUGUCUUCGGAGGAAUUCAUGAAGGUUAUGGUAUUAUGACAGACGGGUACACAACAUUCAUCAACGCCUCCACCUGUACAGUCAGCUUUCAACCCACAAACCCUCCCAUCGUGUUCGACCUCCCAAACCCCCCCAGCUCUUGAGACGCCCGUGAACGUCGCCAUACUCUCCUUUACUCCUUAUGUUUUCUAACAAUACUUUGAAAGAAAAGAUAGUUGAAUGUUUCUAAAAAAAUCAGC